ACAGCCAGCCCCGGCGGCUGCUCCUCCCGGAUGCCAGGGCCAGGGCGCCGGGCGGCCGCCAGCAGGAGAAUGAAGAGCUCGGUGGGAGGAAGGAGAGAAAAGCUCCUGGGGGCGCCGAAAGCUCAGCCCAGCCGCGAUUUCACCUGUGUACACGAUGGUGAGAGUGAGGCUGAAUUAAUACCUGAUGACUUUGAAGAAAAACCAGAAAGAGAAAAGAAACAUACCAACUUUACUUUGUGCAAUGUAUGUAACAUUCAGCUGAAUUCAGCCGCUCAAGCACAAAUCCACUACAAUGGCAAAUCACAUCAAAAGAGAUUAAAACAACUCAGCAAUGGGACGCUGAAAAAUGACAAUGGAUGACUUUGAAGAGAAAUGUGAAAGAGAAAAUCAAAACAGGUUAAAACACCUCAGCAAUGGGACACUGAAAAAUGACAAUGGUGGUACAUGCCAGAGUCCUGCUCUCCCGGCCCUUGUCCGUCCACCAGCCCCUCCUUUGCAACCAUCGCUGGAUAUUAAACCAUUUCUUCCCUUUCCUCUUGACACUGCAGCUGCAGUCAACCUCUUCCCCAAUUUCAAUGCGAUGGACCCGAUUCAGAAAGCUGUAAUAAACCAUACAUUCGGGGUUCCUCUUCCCCACCGAAGAAAGCAAAUCAUAUCAUGCAACAUUUGCCAGUUGAGAUUUAAUUCUGAUAGCCAGGCUGCGGCCCACUACAAAGGCACGAAACAUGCCAAGAAGCUCAAAGCACUGGAAGCCAUGAAAAAUAAGCAGAAAUCUGUAACUGCCAAGGACAGCGCAAAGACUACCUUCACCUCCAUCACUACCAAUACCAUCAAUACCAGCUCUGACAAAACAGACGGUACUGCAGGGACACCAGCAAUAUCAACGACGACAACUGUGGAAAUCCGCAAAAGCAGUGUUAUGACAACUGAGAUCACCUCUAAAGUGGAAAAAAGCCCAACGACAGCCACUGGCAAUAGCUCAUGUCCUUCUACUGAGACCGAGGAAGAAAAGGCAAAACGGCUUCUUUACUGUUCGCUAUGCAAGGUUGCUGUCAACUCUGCCUCGCAGCUGGAGGCGCACAACAGUGGUACUAAGCACAAAACCAUGUUAGAAGCCCGGAAUGGAAGUGGCACUAUCAAAGCCUUUCCUAGGGCAGGAGUGAAAGGCAAAGGACCUGUUAAUAAAGGAAACACAGGCCUCCAAAAUAAAACAUUUCACUGUGAAAUCUGUGAUGUGCACGUCAACUCGGAAACGCAACUUAAACAGCACAUUAGCAGUAGAAGGCACAAAGACAGAGCUGCUGGGAAGCCCCCGAAACCUAAAUACAGUCCUUACAACAAACUACAGAAGACAGCACAUCCACUGGGGGUAAAAUUAGUAUUUUCAAAAGAACCUUCAAAGCCAUUGGCUCCACGAAUUCUACCAAAUCCUCUAGCAGCUGCAGCAGCCGCAGCAGCAGUGGCAGUGAGUUCCCCCUUCAGUCUUCGAACUGCUCCAGCAGCAACACUGUUCCAGACUUCUGCGCUUCCUCCGGCACUCCUGCGGCCAGCUCCUGGACCCAUUCGGACCGCCCACACUCCUGUGCUGUUUGCUCCUUACUAAAUUCCAAAUAGGAGUAAUUGUACUGCAAUAAUUUUUCAAAAAACAAAAAA